CAAAUCUGGAAGCACGAACACAACACAGCUCAGCCCUCUCCGCGCGCACAAUCUUUUCUAAUCCAAUACUUAAUUUCUAUACCUCGCUAGGGCAUAAACCAACCUUCAAUUCUGAAAAUCCCAUUGCCAAUGUUGAAGCUCAUUGCAUCCUCGCGCAUCCACCGGGUGCACCCCACGGUGCUCCGUCCCGCACACCAUUCCGCCUCGCCGCUGCUCAGAGUGCUGAGUUCUCUCGGCGGGUUAAGCUGGAGAAACGCUAAUGUUGGAGGCAGGUAUUUUUUCUGUUCCGAUUCCAGCGACGGCUCCGAUCACGUCGUUGACGCCGGAGUCCAGGCCGCCGAGGAGUCCGAGUCAAAGGCCUCCGCUAUCGUUCCCACAUAUCCCAGACCCGAAGAUUAUCUCACUGUUUUGGCAUUACCAUUGAUACACAGACCACUUUUCCCAGGAUUUUACAUGCCAGUCUUUGUUAAGGAUCCCAAAUUAUUGGCAGCUUUACAGGAAAGUCGAGAACGACAAGCCCCGUAUGCUGGUGCUUUCCUCCUUAAGGACGAGCCGGAGGCUGAUCCCAGUGUAGUAUCUAGUUCUGACGCAGAUAAAAAUGUAUAUGAUUUAAAAGGAAAAGAGUUGUUUAACCGUCUUCACGAAGUUGGGACUCUUGCUCAGAUUUCAAGUAUCCAUGGGGAUCAGGUGAUCCUGAUUGGUCAUCGGCGUCUACGCAUAACAGAGAUGGUUAGUGAGGAUCCACUUACUGUAAAAGUCGAUCAUCUCAAGGAUAAAACUUACAACAAAGACGAUGAUAUUAUAAAGGCCACAUCUUUCGAGGUUAUAUCAACCCUAAGAGAUGUUCUUAAAACAAGUUCCCUUUGGAGAGAUCAUGUUCAGACUUACACUAAGCAUAUAGGUGAUUUUACUUAUCCAAGGCUUGCAGAUUUUGGUGCUGCAAUAUCUGGGGCAAAUAAAUUGCAAUGCCAACAAGUUCUUGAAGAGCUAGAUGUGUAUAAGCGAUUAAAACUUACACUGGAGUUGGUAAAGAAAGAGAUGGAAAUCAGCAAGAUUCAGGAAUCAAUUGCAAAAGCAAUUGAAGAAAAGAUAAGUGGUGAGCAGCGCCGUUACUUGUUAAAUGAGCAGCUUAAGGCCAUAAAGAAGGAACUGGGACUGGAGACUGAUGACAAAACAGCUCUUACUGGUAAAUUCAGGGAAAGGAUUGAGCCAAAGAGAGAAAAAUGCCCGCCUCAUAUUUUACAAGUUAUAGAUGAAGAACUUGCAAAGCUACAGCUGUUGGAGGCUAGUUCUAGUGAAUUCAGUGUUACCCGUAACUACUUGGACUGGUUGACUGCACUGCCUUGGGGUGAAUACAGUGAUGAGAACUUUGAUGUUACUCGGGCACAAAAGAUUCUUGAUGAAGACCAUUAUGGAUUAACUGAUGUGAAGGAAAGGAUACUGGAAUUCAUAGCUGUUGGGAAAUUAAGAGGGACUUCACAAGGGAAAAUUAUCUGUCUUUCUGGUCCACCUGGAGUGGGCAAAACAAGUAUUGGUCGUUCAAUUGCACGUGCCUUGAACCGUAAGUUCUUCCGAUUCUCUGUAGGAGGAUUAGCUGAUGUGGCUGAAAUCAAGGGUCAUCGUCGAACUUAUAUUGGUGCUAUGCCAGGGAAGAUAGUACAAUGCCUUAAGAAUGUGGGCACAUCCAACCCCCUUGUUUUGAUUGAUGAGAUUGACAAAUUGGGCAGAGGACAUGCUGGUGAUCCAGCGAGUGCUUUGUUAGAGCUUCUGGAUCCAGAGCAGAAUGCUAAUUUUCUUGACCACUAUCUUGAUGUUACCAUUGAUCUAUCAAAGGUUCUUUUUGUUUGCACUGCAAAUGUUGUUGAAAUGAUACCUAAUCCCCUGUUGGAUAGAAUGGAGGUUGUUGCUAUUGCUGGGUAUAUUACUGAUGAGAAAAUGCACAUUGCUAGAGAUUAUCUGGAGAAGACCACUCGUGAAGCUUGUGGAAUAAAGCCUGAACAAGUGGAAGUGACUGAUGCUGCUCUUCUUGCCCUAAUUGAAAAUUACUGCCGAGAAUCAGGGGUCAGGAAUCUUCAAAAGCACAUAGAGAAAAUUUACCGAAAGAUAGCGCUACAACUUGUGAGGCAAGGGGAGAUGAUUGAUGCUACCAUGCUACCAAUAAAAGACAAAGUUGACUCUGAUGAAUUAGGUCAAAAUGCAGUUCAAAAUAAGAACUCUGAGUUGGUGGAGGGUAUCGAUCCUGAAAAAGAGAGUGAAACAUCUGAUGAAAUUCAUAAGGUGCAAUCAUCUGAUCAAUCUCAAUGUCUCGAGGUUGCAAAAGAAAGUGGGGGAGAUAAGGAAAUUGAAACAAAGACUAUUGAACAAGUAUUGGUUGAUGAAUCUAAUUUAACUGACUUUGUUGGCAAGCCUGUCUUCCAUGCUGAGCGCAUCUAUGAUCAGACACCUGUUGGUGUUGUUAUGGGUCUUGCCUGGACUGCAAUGGGUGGUUCCACACUGUAUAUAGAGACCACAUUUGUUGAAGAAGGGGAGGGAAAAGGAACACUGCACCUCACUGGUCAAUUAGGAGAUGUGAUGAAAGAAAGUGCUCAGAUAGCUCACACGGUUGCCCGAAGAAUACUACUGGAAAGAGAACCAGAAAAUCCUUUCUUUGCAAAUUCAAAACUACACCUCCAUGUCCCUGCAGGGGCUACACCAAAGGAUGGACCAAGUGCUGGUUCCACGAUGACCACUUCAUUGUUGUCCCUUGCCAUGAAGAAACCUGUGAAGAAGGAUCUAGCAAUGACUGGGGAAGUGACACUUACGGGGAAGAUUCUUCCCAUUGGCGGCGUUAAAGAGAAAACCAUAGCCGCAAGAAGGAGCGAAGUUAAGACUAUUAUAUUCCCUUCAGCUAACAGGAGAGAUUUUGAUGAGCUAGCACCUAAUGUGAAAGAAGGUCUUGAUGUUCAUUUUGUUGAUGACUACAUGCAGAUCUUUAAUUUGGCUUUUGAUGAUGAGCAAUCUCAGAAUAUAAAGUAAGUCAUUAAUGCCCUGUAGGAUCUUGAGAUGAAACUUGAUUCUUUGUUGAGCUGGGAACCAGAUGAAUUUUGUACUAUAUGAAUUUAGUACCAACGGUUUUUGGAGUUUCUAUUCAUCUCUUGGGCUCAAGGUCUUGUUCUAUCAUUUCCAUUUUUCAGACAUUCCAAUUGUAAUAACAUGUAUAUUUGUAUUCGAGGGAUUUUUUUGCUGAGGCAGGGCCAUGGAGUGUUCACAAGGAAGAAUAUUCUAAUACAUACAAUAAUACAAAACAACUUUGCAAAUUCAAAUUCAUUUUUUUUACACACAUAGGGUGGGGAUGAAGAGUCAUUCUCAGUAGAAUUACUCCACUUAAUAACUAUGUGUGUAUGUAUGUCUCUCUCUGUCUGUAUAUAUGUGUGUAUUUGUGUCUCAAACUCUAGCUUCGUUGUUUAUUUAUUAUUAUUAUUAUGGAAGGGGCUAGGGAUAUGGAGAAAGGGAUGUCAAUAAUACAUUGCUUGUUUUUCCAAGAAAGGGGCUAUGAAUUAUGUAAAACAGUUAUUAUAAAAGUUAACAAAGUUUUAUGAAUUUAUUAUA